UCUUUUCAAGCCGAGCUGAGUCAGUUUGAAGCUGAACGUACGCGCUUCCAGACGUCCGUUUUUUUGCUGUUAUCGCCGGCGUUGUAGCGAUUUUGCAAACAGACCUUCGCGGCCCAUUCGUGGAGGAGGUUGUGCCGCGGCGUCAGUCACGAUGGUGCGCGGCCUUCUAGCCGUGCUUCUAUGCGCCAGCCUAGUGCUAGGCGAAGAGCAGACAAAACCCACGGAUACCGUGAUCACCCAUGUCCGCGUCGAGAGCUGCGGCGGAUGACGACUGAAUGCCUAUCCCGAGGUGAAACGGUUUGUCUACGACGACAUUCCCGAGUAUCCCAACGCGGAGUUCAAAGUUAUCCAUGGAGCCAAGCCCGAGAUACUCUUCUUGAACGCCGCAGGAGAGGAAGUAGAGCGUCUGAGCCUGGAGCAGCGGAGCCGCGAUGAGUGCAAUCAGCUGCUCACAGAUCGUGGUUUUGUCAGGAAGGUGAAGGAGCCAGAGGAGGAGGAGGAAGAAGACCUCGGAAUCAAGGGCGAGCUCUAGAUGUGACCACAGAACGCACAACUCAACAUGCACCAUUGACCAUCCAUUCAGAUUGUGCCUACUAUACAGCCACUCAGUAUGACGCUCAUUUUCCUCACAUUCUCAAAGCAUUGGGAGUUCGAAAUGUAUUGAAUAGAAAAUACAGUUAAACUGAAAGUCUCCUUAAGGCAAAGGUUGUUACCAUGCUUGCCAUGGGUGUACUUAAGUAUAUACAAUGGCAGGAUUCAAUUUCAUGCUAUACAUUUGUUUGUUGGUUGUUGGCUACAGCCAACACACUGCUUUAGCAGUCUGCACUUUGCUCGUUGUACUUCAGGACUAAUUGACACGAAGUGUCCUAAAAGUAAUAAUUGGCUUGUGUUACAGCAAUGAUAAUCACUUGUGGUUAUCAUUACUGUAACACGUGUUGAAGAAAAGAUUAAGUCUGGGCCUCUUUUAAAAUGAGGGAACCAAAAUGACUAUCAUCGUAAACAGCAUUGGUAAAAUCAUUGAGUCAUUAAAAAGUUGUAUUGCAAGCACAAUUUUCUCAUUCCUGCUGUUGAGAUUUGUUUUGUUCUGCUGACCAUCACAUGUGCAUUAUUUUUUGUUACUUUCACCACCCAGCAAAAGACUUCUUUGUGACCAUUAAUUGGGUCGCCUAAAUGAAGCUGCUGCCGGAAAUUUCCCCGAAAAAACGGCAGUGGCAGAUGUACUGCGUCUGGUUUCUGGUCGUACUGGAGUUCUGGCUGGUCUCGGUGAUGUACAUAAAUAAACAUAUACUUCACAA